GCGGUUCACCCGCACUAAACAAAGGCCUCCGUCCCACUUGCAAUAUUUUUGUUUGGGGCGGGAUUAGUCACUGUAAAUUGACUCAACUCGGCCGCACCAUGCAAACCGCAUAAUCCGCCGUAAACCAGAAGCGCAUUGCACUUGCCCAGCAGCAGAUCGAAAACAGCACCCCAGCGGAAAAACACAAAGACACUCCGGAGACCCCAUAUGCCCAUUCACGCCGUGAUGGCCAAGCGCCUGCUGCCCCACCAACCGUCCUACGAGGGGGAUGCACCUGGUCCGGAUGAGCUGGACAGCCCAGCCAUCGAGGCGGCGGCCCUCGACAUUCCCGCACCCGAAUCCGAUAAGGCGCUCCAAAAGGGUUUCUGGGAGCGACCCACAACCAGUGCCGAGUACAAGCCGCCCACCGAUGGGAGCACGGUGCUCCGUUUCGACAUCCUGCUGGCUCACAUUAUGCCGCCCGAUGGCGAGGAUGUGAAGAUCAAACGCUUUGUGGUGUACGAGCUGACUGUGAGGCAGGAUGGCGCCACGGAGGACACUCAGCCGGCCAAGAUCGAACGUCGCUACACCGACUUUCGGGAGCUUUACCUGGGCCUGAAGCGCCUGCAUCCCGCGGAGAUGGCCAACAAGUACUUCCCAGCCAAGGUGCUGAUGGGCAACUUUAAAUCCGAGCUGAUUGGCGAACGGAGCGCGGCCUUCGAGACGUUCCUCACCUAUGUGGCGAGUCAGGCGAAGCUCCGCGACUCGGAGGACUUUCUGCGCUUCCUGCAGCACGAUGAACUGACCAAGGCCUGCCAGUUUCUGGACGAGCGGCGCCACGAGAUGGCCAUACCCAUUCUGGAGAACUGUUUUCGAUUGCUUAACAAGAUAUACAUGAAUCGAUCGCGCCCCGUGCUCCUGAUACUCUGUCGCCUGGUGGCGGCCUGCACUUCAUCGCCGGUGCCUCAUCACGCAGCCGAGAGGUGGGCUCUAUUGGCUCUCAGUCGCUUUGAGACGCUGUGCGACAUUGAUCUGCUGCCUCUCUACAUUCCCCUGCUCCACACCUGUGCCCACCUGUGGUGGCAGCGUGGCCAGGACCAGAAGCCCAUAACCGAUCGACUGAGUGACAUGUCCAAGCAGGGCAUCAACACUGCGAACACCGAAAAUCUCAUGCAGGCUAUUCACAAGAUCGAUCCACGCACCGAAACCAUAUGAGUCGGAAUCUCCACCAGAGUUGGAAUCCAGUAGUUCAGCAUUUUGUUCAGUAGUUUCAGCCGCGAAGCGUAAAGUGCAAUUAGAGAACAUGUGCAAUUAGUAUUAAGGUAAAAGGAGUAUUUAUCAACCUUUAAGGUAUCAGCAAGUUUUCACAAUGCUGCUCGUCAAAGUAGAUCGUUUGGGAAUUUUCAGUCACAAAACAAAUGAGUCCAACCCUUUUAUGUUUUUCUGUUAAAUGUUUAAUUUAAUUUGUUUGCAAACUCAUAAUAGCCAAAUAACACAAAUUAUGCUCUUGUCUACACUAUUUAUAUUUGUAAUAUUGCGACUAUCCUAAAAUCUGUAUCCGUAAUGUCCUACUUUGGUAACUUUAGGGUUAGUUUAAGCGUGUUUAUGUUUCUCAUUACGUAUUGUUUGAUUUUGUUCGUUCGUCUCUGUGGUUUGUACCCAGUGUGAGUUGUGAUUAAGCCAAGCACUAUUUCCCCGCCCAUGUGAAUCACAAACGUAGUAUCGUAGGUCCAUGACGCACAGUCUGCAAAUCCAAGAUGGGAACUCCAUAUCAGCCUGGAAAAAUAUUAGACAAAUAGAACACAGCUCCCAGAGUUAUUUAUCCGUACAGCCCAAUGCCUUGUGAUUGCUUUUUUCAAUGAAUAAAUAUUAUACUCAAUUGUUUUCCAGAACAGAAA